UUUUAAUGUUGUUCCCUAUUUCUCUGUCUCUAUCUAUUUAUCUAUUUAUUUAUUUUUUUCUUAUAAUUACCCUCUCACUUUUUCUCUCUCUCCUUCUCUUUUUUAACUCUUAGUCCAUCUUCUUUCUACAAAAGAACGUACAUAUACAGACAUUAUUGUGCAACGUUAUUUCCUAUUUUAUUAUUACCUGAUAUUUCUCAUAAUAUCUUUUCUUUUAAACUCUCUUUCUCUCUCCGUUUCUUUUUUCUUCAAAAAUUGCUGUUUCUCCUUCUAAUUUCUUGUUUUUCGUAAUCUUUCUCUCUAUCUCUCUAUUUCUUGAUCUAUUUAUCCACCUAUCUUUUUCCUUUCUUACUUUUUUAUUUAUACAAAUUUGACAGCUGUCAAAAUUCAAUCGCAAUGACAGCUACUCUUUCAACACGAAAUAAACGCAACGAUAGAACCAAUCAGCAUCGCGGAAAAGCGACAACAAUACACUUCGAUAGAUUCGAGUAUCGAUGACAUGUUCUUUUUCGAAAUGGAUUCAAUUCAAAAUGUUUUUAUAAGCGACUGAAGAUGACUGAGUGAAGUCGAAACGUUUCGCGAUUUCAAAUCUAAUUUACAUUAAUGUGUUUAGAAUAAAACUACUAUUUUCUCGCUACAUUUUAAUUUACUCGUUUUUUUGACCCUUAUUGAUAUAUUGUUUUAAUUACGAUUGUUUAAUUUUUUGUGUUAUUUUUAUUUUAGUACUGAUUUUAAUUUAGUACUGAUAAGAAAAUGUUUUUUUAGAUGUUAAGAAUAAUUUAAUUAUUCUAAAAACAAAACUGAAAAAAAACGAGAUCUUGAUUGCAGAAGAUAAUUCUAUUUCACCUCACUUCUCAAAUGGGAAAAAUAGUCUGCUAUCUGAUUCUUUAGAGAGUCAGCGGAUAAAUAAAAGAGGAUUUUCUACGCCGAUAAAUAAUAACUUAUCAAAUAUUUCGAAUUUAGAAAUCUCAAAUAUUUCUCCAAAUAAUUCAUCCACUGUUUCAAUUAAUAAUGUAAUAUUAGAAAAUAGUACUCCACCUCCUAGUGGAUUCACGGAUGAAUUGGAAUUACUCGAACCGAACUGGCCUGAUAUAUAUAGUGAAAAAAACCUUCAAGAUGUCAAUUGUAAUGAUAAAAAUUAUAAUUCUAAAAUUAUACAUAAUAAUUCGAGUGAAGUCAAUGAAAAUAUGAGUCAAAAUGAUAAUAAUGAAAAUAAUUCAAGUUAUAAUAAUAACGAUGAAAAUGAUCCAAGUUAUAAUAAUAAUAAUGAUGAAAAUGAUUUAACUUGUGAUAAUUAUGAUGAAAAUGAUCCAAGUCAUAUUAUAUCUAAGUCUUUUGAAGAAUGUUCAGUAAAAGAAAAGUCUUCUUCAUUGGAUAAUGGCUGCCCACUUGAUAUUCGUGAAUUAAAAAUUCCGGUAACUACUUCUGAAAAAGGAAAGGUAAAAAAACACUUCUGUCCAUUUUGUAAAACUUUGCAAACAAAAUUUGCAAGACAUCUCCAGCUAAAACAUAAGAAUGAAGAAGAAGUGAAAAAAUUUACUUACUUACCAAAAAACAAUAAAGAACGAAUUAAAAUUAUUGACACUUUACGUAAAAAGGGGGACUUUUUUCAUAAUACAAGACCUGAAUUAAAUUCUGGUAUUUUAAUAGUACCAAGACGGCGUCAAAAAAAAUCAAGAAACUCUGUAGAAGAUUAUGUGUGUUGCAAAACAUGUAAAGGAUUUUUUGCAAAAAACACUAUUCGUAUUCAUUUCACAAAAUGUAAUAAAUUUCAUAAAAAAGGAGCUCGUAACAUUCUUACUUCAGGUCGACGUGUAAGUGGAUACAUUCACCCUUGUGCUAAUAAUACAUUGCGUCGAUGUAUCUUUCCAAUUCUAAGAAAUGAUGAAGUUUCAAGAUGUAUCAGAUAUGACGAACUUAUUAUACAGUUUGGUAAUAAAUUAUGUGAUAAAUACACUCUGAAUCAUCAACACGAUAUGAUUAGAGCACAACUCCGUUUAUUGGGACGCUUUAAACUAGAAAUAAUGGCACUUGACAAUGAAAUCUGUGAAUUUAAAGAUAUAUUUAAACCACAAAAUUUUGAUAAAGCUAUAGAUAGCUUAAGAAAAGUAGCUCAUUGGGAUUUAAAUAUUAUGUGGUUUCGAACACCAGCUGUUGCUCAAAAUCUAACAACUUUAAUUAAGAAAUGUGCGUAUAAGCUCAGAUCUGAAUGUAUCAAGAAUCAAGAUUAUGAGAGGAAAAAGUCCGUCGAAGAUUUUUUAUUAUUAUGGGAAGAAGAAGUUCCUACGCUUAUCAACAAAAAAGCUCUUGAAGAUCAAAUAAAUCAGAAACGCCAGAAAAAAAUAAUUCUUCCGUCUAAACAAGAUAUCAAAUUGUUGUAUGAUUAUUUGAAAAAUGAGUGUAGUACUUGUCUUAAAAUUUUAAAUAGUAGAUUCAAUUUAAAUGCAUGGAUUCUUUUAACUCAAUGUACGCUCACUUUUAUUCAAAUCUUUAAUCGUCGUCGAGCUGGCGAGAUUGAGCGAUUGACAUUGAUUAAUUUUCAGAAUAAGGAGGCAUUGGAUGAAAAUGUCGAUCAAGAAAUUUAUAAAAAAUUAUCCGAUUCUACAAAAGAAUUUGCUAAGCAAUUUGUUCGAUUAAUACUUCGAGGAAAGUUGGGUAGAACUGUUUCUGUAUUGCUUAGUCCAUUUGUAGUUCAAUGUAUUGAGACUAUUCUUAAAUUUCGAAAACGUGCAGGAGUAAGUUCUGAUAACGAGUAUAUAUUCAGUGUACCUCAUACUAACAGUUUAUCUAAAAAAUAUCUGAGAGCAUGUCCUUUAAUGCGUCGGUUUGCUAAUGAAUGCGGUGCACUUAUUCCAAGUACAUUACGUGGUACUACGUUAAGAAAGCACAUCGCAACAUAUACUUCAAUGUUAAAUGUCGAAGAAUGUCAAAUUGAUCGUCUCGCUAAUUUUAUGGGUCAUCAUAAGGAUAUUCAUAAAAAUAUAUACAGAAUACCGAUAUCAGUAGCUGAAAUGACUGACGUUUCACGAUUAUUGAUGGCAGCCAUUGGUGAUAAUAAUAAAGAGGAUGAUGAAGAAUCUGAUGAAAACAGUGAUAGCAGCGAUGAAGAAAACAAUCAUGUUACUUCAGCAAUAAUAGAACGUACUAAUACUAAUAUGGAUUAUACUGAUCACACAUCUACAUUUGACAGUAGAAGCAGUUCGGCUUCUUCAUCCUUAAAUAAUUCUGCAAAUCUUAAAUGUCGCAAUACCUCGCCCUUUGGAAAAACAAAGAGAACUAAAUGGACUAAUCAAGAAAGGAAGGCUAUAAUUGCAUAUUUUGGAAACCUAGAAAAACUAUCAAGAUUGCCGUCUUUAGAAGAAUGCAGAAAAGCCACUCUUAAAUACAAAGAGUUGAAUGCAAGAACACCCCAGCAAGUUAAAACGUGGAUAGAUAAUCAAAGACGAGCCAAAGAUCGUAAACAGGCCUACACUGUUAGAAAAAAUUUGUGUAUAUCACAUGUUUGAUUCGGAUGUGUGUAUUAAUAGUGCUAGUAGAAUCAAACACCUAUUCAUGUGUGAAAAAUUUACACACUUACAGAUGUCUUUGAAAGGGGGACACACAUCACACGCGAAAACGUUCUAACAUUACACUGUUACAAGCAAUAUUCACUCUCUGUCGAGACGGGUACGUCGAAUAACUUUUGUCGUGAAUUUCUUUUGUCGUGAAUUGCUUCUGUCGUAUAAAAUCGCUUCUGUUGUAGUCGUGUUCUAGUCGUGUCAAACUUGCCGAUCUGUACCAAUUUGACUGUGAUAUUAAAUAUAUUACACCACGCUGUUAAACUGCACUUUUGUCGAAAGUGUCUUUUUAAGUCGACCGUUACGUAUUUAAAUAAUCGCCAUCCAUGAAGCCAUAUUGAAGAAAAUAUCGAAAUAAUAAUAUUAUCGAACCUUUCUUUCAACAUUACAUUAACGUUUUACAAAUCUAAGACCCUAUUCUAAUAAAUAAGAAUCUUAAAUUAAUAGGGUCUUAGAUUUGUAAAACGUUAAUUGUAUUUUGCUCUUACACUACUCAUGCUCGAAAUGGCACAAAUGCUAUUAACAGACGAACUGACGAUCGACGCCGCGACGAUCGAUAGACAGGUUAUUGUAGGCUAUAGAAGCUGAGUGCAUGUGUGAACUCAUAAAAUGUGUUAUUCUUAUAUAGUGUAUGACUUUUUUCCACUAUUGGUUGUUUGACUAAAUUUAUACAGUAAAUGUGCGCUUUUUACACAUUUUUAAAGAAGAUUUCACACAUGCACUUGAAGCAUAAGUGUAUGACAUAAAAAUUAAUUUCUCAAACUUAGAGUGAAAAUACUGCCACUACAAUUUUUCGCACAAUAAUUUUACAUUCCAAUAAGGGUUAUUUUUCCAGUAAUUUUAGCUCAAUAAGAGUUAAAAUUAAUUCUAAUAGAGUGAAUUUUUAACUUUUAUUAGAGUGGAAAAUCACUCGAAAAAUUGUAGUGGCAGGAUUUUUACUCUAAAAAAUUUAGAGAGUACAUUGAAGUACUCCUUAAAGUAUUACGAAAGUAUUUUAAAUAUAGUUAAGUUUCUUAAGUUUCUUAACAUUGUGUAAGAUAUACACAAGCUGCGUACUAAUUUUUUGUAAUUCUUAAAAAUUAAUUUGUGAAAUUAUUAUAAAGACUGUUCUAUUGUUUGAAUAUACAACCCAUUCAUAAUUUUUUAGAUAAAAUGUAUGUUUUAACAAGAAAAUAAUUAUAUGUUAUAAAAUUAUUUGGAAUUUGUUAUCAAAUCAAAAGAAUGUUUUUGUUAGACUUAAGCUAAAGUAACAAUUCUACCAGAGUAGAUUUUGAAAUAUCUUUACAUUUAAUUAUGUAAAAAUUUAUGUUCACAAAUGAAAUCUAUUUUAAGUUUGCAGGCAGUUCAUUUUAUGUAUGAUCCAAAUAUCAAUUUUUUUGCAAUAAUGUAACACAAUUACGAUGUUAUUUUCUAAUUUUUUAAAAUAAAAAGUAUAUAUAUAAAUUUUUAUAUAUAAUGUAACCUGUUACGUAUUAAUAUAUAUAAUAUAAAUGUUUUUAAAUAAAAUAAAUAAUACAUCUGACUUGAUUCUAUAUUUAUAUAAAUUACAAUAUCUUUUAAUAAAUGUCCUCUCACUAUUUCAGAAAUAUGCGUAGAAAACCCAUUUCACUAAAAUUGACGUGUUUUAAAUAAACCAAUCCAAAUAA